CUGUGGAACUUUUCCCUCUCCUGUUUUUCUUUUUUUGUAUUUAAAGUUUUUAAAUAUAAGAAGUAUCAAGAGUCAGAUCCGUGAAAGGACUGAGGCGUGUGGCGGACAGCAGAUGGAUCCAGUAGCCAGUAGCUGCUUGAGGAACCCCCACCCCCCAGCGCCGGUCUGGGGCUGCCUUCGAAACCCCAACUCCGAAGGCGGUGGGGCCUCAGGGCUGCCCCACUACCCGCCAACCCCAUUCUCCUUCCAUCAGAAAUCAGACUUCCCAGCGACAGCGGCAGCGGCGUACCCCGACUUCUCAGCCUCCUGCCUGGCAGCCGCCCCACACAGCCUACCCCGGGAAGACCGCAUCUUCACUGAGCAGCACCCUGCCUUUCCACAACCCCCUGAUUGGCACUUCCCUGUUUCUGAGGCCCGGCAAAGGCUCAACCUGGGCCCAGCUGGGAGCUCCAGGGAUACAGGGGCCAGCAGCCCUGGCCUGGUGGAUGCCACAGGAGGCCCAGGUGAGGACUACAGGGUGCUUGGGAGCACUGCAAGUGAAACAGAGAAGAAAUCAUCCAGACGAAAAAAGGAGAGUUCAGGUGAAAGUGUGGUUCCAGAACCGAAGGAUGAAGUGGAAGCGUGUGAAGGGAGGUCAGCCUGUCUCUCCCCAUGGGCAGGACCCCGAGGAUGGGGACUCUGCAGCCUCUCCAAGUUCAGAGUAAGGUUCUCCAUGGAGAAGAAAGGACUGAGGACUGAGCCCUCCUUCCCAACUACACCCCCAUCCCAUCUUCACCUUCUCCCCUCCACCCCACCUUGCAUCAACUCUUGGUUGUGAAGCUACCCAGAGUGGCCGGAAGCAUCACAUUUGUCAGAAGAGCUAUCAGCAUUGCUCUAUCUUAGCCGCCCCUUCAAGGGCCUUGGUAUCCCACACUCCUGUGGAAUUAAACAGUGCUUACUGGACUGGAUGAAUCUAGAAACUCUAGGGAGGCUGCUUCUCAGGGUCUCUCAGCUGCCAUCCACAUCUCUCCUGACAUCUUCCUCCUGCAUCCGCCAGGCCUCAUCCAGGUCUGGACACCACCUGGCCUGCGGGGAGAGGAGCCUUGGAACCAGUUGGUGACUCAUAAAAGCAAAUGCUCCAGAAGAAAACAAAUGAUGGAGAUGCACACAUCCUGGCCCACUUCUCCACUUUUUCUCUCUAAACAGCUUUUAGGGCCAUUCGGUCUUCCAGAACCCCAAAGGACACCGGUGUGAGGAGGGUUAAAGACAGCAACUCAGACUGCAAAUCAGAAACCUUUCCCUGUCUCCAAGUUUUUUGGCCAUUGAAUAGGCAAAUUUAUGAGCAUGACUGGGAGAAGACCAAACAAUAACCUAGUGUAGGACUCUGUGUUCCUACACUGCCCUGUUCACGGGGGCUUCACUGAGUGGCUGGGGGUGAACCCUGACUGCACCUGCUGCUCCAGCUCAAUUCGGGGGAGCAGCUGAACUGUUGAGCAGAGGUCCCAGGAGGUGGAGCAGCUCUUACUUUCCAACCCAUUAAUGAAUUGAGGGCUGGAAAGUGGCCCCUGUGUCCCAGGAUGGGGAAAUAAUGCCAGGGCUGCCAGGUGAGGACCGAAAGACUUGGAAUCCUGGACAGGAAGGUUUGCCCACUGCGGUGUCCUGUGCUCUCGAAGGACUCUGACUGUGCACAGGACAGGAAAACAGUCCCUCUCCCUCCAGAGGACGCACUGUAGCCCUCCUGUGUGUUUCACAAUUCCAACCGCAAGGUUCGUGUGGAUGCACUGCUCAGCCUUCAGCCUCAUCUUCUAGAGAUGCCACUCUGCAGACUGAUGGACAAACAGCCUGAGACAACCCCUUGAAAAGAGACCCC